AUGUCACUUGCUCCUAGCUCUUGGUGCAAUGUGUGUCUUGUCCAGGCCAUUGAUCAAGUCCGAUGCCAUGCUACCGUCAUCCACAGAAUUGUCCCGCAUGUGCUCUUCAUCAGCCAUGCCGUUAAGCAUGGGCUCCGAGCUGGUGUUUGCGAUUUGAAUGGACGACUCAUGCGAUUCAGGCAGGAUCAUAUUAGAAUCCUCAUCAGUGAUGUCAUCUGUGUGACUCGCAACCGUUGGGGUGCCAUUAGGGGUGGCUAUCGAUCUCAGGGCGGUGGGCAGAAAUUCAUUCAACCAUCGCUCGUAGAAGAGCAGUGCUCGUAUGCAGUGGGUGUCUCCCACAUCUGGCAACCACCAUCCUCGGAAGUCGUCUGCAAUGCAUGGUUUGCCAUAUCAUCUGAUUCAUUCUUGGCAUUGCUCCUCCAAAUCCUGGUAGUGAGCACGAAAAUGUAUGCUGUUGUCAGUUGUGAAGAGGGCGUUGCAAUCACUAGGUCAGAAACGAUAGUCCUUAGUAUUGGAAGCAGGGAGUUUCUGCGUGAAAAGUUAGGAGUGUAUAACUUUAGCCGAAGCUGGGGUGUAAGACCACAGCAAGGCUCGUUUAAAUACAUUGUGGUAUUUACUAUGUCCCAAUGCAUUGCUGUCUUCUGGUCGUAUGGGACUUGGUAUAGGAGAAGCUCUCCUGCGAGUGAGAAGGCAAGCACCUGUAUGGUGCUUGAUAUGGUAGAAGCGUAUUUGCGAGUCAGAGGGAUGGUGCUAUCCUUGGACGAGCAUAUGUGGAUCCCUGUCAUCCUAGGAGAAGCCUCCCUGCAAAUAAGAAGACUGGCGUUCGGUGUGAUCAGAGUCGACCUAAAGAAGCGUGACUGGGUAAAGGAGGGUCAGGCCCAUAGUUGUGUGAUCAGAUCUAUGGGCCAUCAAACAGAUCAUGCGUAUCAAACGAGGAUUGCCACUCGCACUUCGGUGGAUCGAUACACUCACAGGCCUAAGGAUGUAUGGGAUGAGCGGGAGCGAACUUAG